UCUAAAAUAUUGGACGUACACUUUUUAGUUUCAAAUCUCAAAUUAUUACACACCAGAAUAAUUGUUUCCAAUUCAUUAAAUAACUCAUAAUAAUAUCAUUCAAGUUCCAAAGACUAGUUCAUAGGUCUAUUUCAAUGGAGAAAGUAAAACCAGUUAUUAUAUCAUCACCAACUCAAACUCAUAGGUGCUGCAGCCGUUGGAAUUAUUAUAUUCCCUCAUCAUCAUCAUCAUCAUCAUUUCAUUCACAUUUUGUUUCUUUUACUCUUUCAACAACCUGCAGGGUUAACUCUCUAUCCCAACAACGUUGCAUUCAUCAAUCAGCACUAGCUAAUCAUCAUUCACAAACACUAGAAGAAGAAGCAAUGGCAAGUAGUAGAUCACAGUUGGUGAGAUUCCCUUUAUUGAUGGAUGAUACUGAUACUACCAAAUACUCCGCAUGCACCAUUCCUUGGAGGUUCGCUUCUGAUGAUCCAUGUGUCGUCACUCCCACUGAGUUAUCUUGGAUUAAUCUCCUACACAGUGGUAUCCCCUCCUACAAGAAACGUGCUGAGAGUGAUACUUCUGUUCCUGAUGCAGCAAAUAAAGCUGAAAUUUUUGCUCAAAGGUAUGCUAAAAUACUUGAAGAUUUGGAGAAAGAUCCUGCAAGUCAUGGCGAUCCUCUUGAUAUCCUUCUUCUAUGUAGACUUCGUGAGGAAGUUCUUAAAGAACUGGGGUUCAGAGAUAUCUUCAAGAAAGUCAAGGCUGAAGAGAACGCAAAGGCCAUCUCCCUAUUUGAAAAUGUUGUUCGUCUUAAUGAUGCUAUUGAAGAUGAAGGCAAUCGACUUGAGAAUUUAGUUAGAGGAAUUUUUGCAGGGAACGUAUUUGAUCUUGGUUCUCCCCAGCUUGCAGAAGCUUUCUCUAGGGAUGGAAUGUCGUUUUCGGCUACUUGUGAAAAUCUCCUCCCUCGACCAUGGAUUAUCGAUGACCUUGACACUUUGAAAAUAAGAUGGAGCAAGAAGUCUUGGAAAAAGGUUAUCAUAUUUGUUGAUAACUCGGGUGCAGAUAUAAUUUUAGGUAUUUUGCCAUUUGCAAGGGAGCUCCUUCGGCGUGGGAGUCAGGUUGUUUUGGCUGCUAAUGACUUACCUUCUAUCAAUGAUGUGACUUACUCUGAGCUAAUUGAAAUUAUAUCAAAGUUAAAGGAUGAAGAAGGACGUCUCUUGGGUGUCAGCACUUCAAAACUUUUAAUUGCCAACUCUGGAAAUGAUUUACCUGUUAUUGAUCUUACAAAGGUGUCACAAGAGCUUGCUUCCCUUACCAGUGAUGUAGAUCUUGUCAUUUUAGAAGGGAUGGGGCGCGGAAUAGAAACAAAUCUCUAUGCUCAAUUUAAAUGUGAUUCUAUGAAGAUUGCAAUGGUGAAACAUCCUGAGGUUGCAGAAUUUCUUGAGUCGCGGAUGUAUGACUGUGUAAUCAAAUACAAUGAAGUUUAGAGCUUAUAGUUAAGCCUGAUUCUUUUACAAUGUAGAAUUUUCAUUCAAGAUUUGUUCUCUAAUACCAUUUGAUCAUAUACAGAUUAGUGUUUUUAAAUUGAAUUGAGAAUUUCAUGGCCGUUGAGAAUUAACUAUUUGAGAUAUAAGUCUUCGGAAUAAGAGAAUUCUUGAAUGUGUAUAUGAGUUGUAUGUGUUUCUUAAUUCUUUUGAUGAAUUUGUUUGAUUAUCAA